AUGUGGUCCUCCAGCCGACGUCAUCUGUGUCUGGCCUUUCUAGUCGCUUUUGUGGUCUCAGCCAUCUUUUUCCUCCACAUCUAUCAAGAUACCCUUUUCAAUGGGCUAGACUUGUCUGUCCUGUAUUCUUACUCCUGCCUGGAGAUGCCUCCAGUGGCCAUCUUCUGUCUCUCAGGGACACCAGUGACUGCCAACACCUCCUAUUCGUCUCUCCAGAGCUCUGACUCCCUCUCUGGAACCUGGACCAUCUACUCAGAUGGCCGGCUUGGUAACCAGAUGGGACAGUAUGCCACCCUGUUAGCCUUGGCUCAGCUCAAUGGCCGCCAGGCCUUCAUUCUGCCUUCGAUGCACGACACCCUGGCCCCAGUGUUCCGAAUCACCCUGCCCGUGCUAUCGCCUGAGGUGGACAGACAAAUUUCUUGGCAAAAGCUGAAGCUUCAUGACUGGAUGUCGGAGGAAUACAGUCAUUUAGAAGAAGCCCAAUUGAAGCUCUUUGGUUUUCCCUGUUCCUGGACUUUCUUCCACCACAUUCGAGAAAAGAUCCGUAGUGAGUUCAAGCUCCAUGAGCACCUUCGGGAGGAAGCCCAGAGCGUGCUGAGGUCUAUCCGCCUGGGCCACACCAGGGCCACCCCAAGCACCUUUGUAGGGGUCCACGUGCGCCGUGGGGACUAUCUGAAGGUCAUGCCCCAACGCUGGAAGGGUGUGGUGGCCGACCGCGCCUACCUCCAGCAGGCCAUGGACUGGUUUCGGGAACGGCACGAGGCUCCCAUCUUUGUGGUCACCAGCAAUGGCAUGGACUGGUGCCAGGAGAAUAUUGACACGUCCAGGGGAGACGUGAUCUUUGCUGGGAAUGGGCACGAAGGUUCCCCUGCAAGGGACUUUGCAUUGCUCACGGAGUGCAACCACACCAUCAUGACCAUUGGGACUUUUGGCUUCUGGGCUGCCUACCUUGCUGGAGGAGACACUGUCUACCUGGCCAACUUCACCCUGCCAAACUCUAGUUUCCUGAAGAUCUUUAGGCCUGAGGCCGCCUUCCUGCCUGAGUGGGUGGGCAUUCCUGCAGACCUGUCUCCACUCCGGAAAAACUCCGUACUAGCAGGAUUCAUCUAG